CUGAAAAAAAGCAAAAUUGUCCUUUCAAGUAGUUGCGUCAUCCACAUGGUUUUGCUCAAGUGAAUUAAAUAGACAUUAUUUUUUAAGUUGGUGAAAAUAAAAAGUUAAUAAUGCUAACGGCUACGCGGGUGAUAAGCCGAAAGGCUUUGGAGUGCUCCGGUAUUACUUCCGAAAUUUAUACAAACAGGAAUUUCUCAACAAUUCUCAAAAGCACCGCUGCCCCCACAGUACCAAUCUACCAACGACAUGGAUUACAACGCAGAAAUAAGUCUGAAGGCGUACGAGGGGCGGUCAUCGGCAUUGACUUGGGAACCACCAAUUCAUGCGUCGCAGUCAUGGAAGGAAAAACUCCUAAGGUAGUGGAGAACACUGAAGGCUCACGCACAACGCCCUCCCACGUGGCCUUCACAAAGGAAGGUGAACGUUUGGUGGGCAUGCCGGCCAAGAGGCAGGCGGUCACCAACAGUGGGAACACGUUCUACGCGACCAAACGUCUCAUCGGUCGCAGGUUCGACGAUCCAGAAGUUCAGAAGGACAUGAAGAACUUGUCGUACAAAGUCGUGAGGGCCUCUAACGGAGAUGCUUGGGUGCAAGGUACCGAUGGCAAGGUGUACUCGCCAAGUCAAAUCGGCGCCUUCGUACUGAUUAAGAUGAAGGAGACAGCUGAGGCUUAUCUCAACACCGGCGUCAAGAACGCAGUUGUCACCGUGCCCGCAUACUUCAACGACUCGCAGCGACAGGCCACCAAGGAUGCAGGUCAAAUCGCCGGCCUGAACGUACUCCGGGUGAUAAACGAGCCAACCGCUGCCGCCCUCGCAUACGGCAUGGAUAAGACCGAUGACAAAAUAAUCGCAGUCUACGACUUGGGUGGUGGUACCUUCGAUAUAUCCGUUUUGGAGAUCCAAAAAGGCGUGUUCGAGGUCAAGUCGACCAACGGUGACACUUUACUGGGUGGUGAAGACUUUGAUAAUGUUAUCGUCAACUUUUUAGUUGACGAGUUCAAGAGAGAUCAAGGUCUAGACAUCCGUAAGGAUGCGAUGGCCAUGCAACGUCUCAAGGAGGCUGCGGAGAAGGCCAAGAUCGAGCUGUCUGGAUCCCUGCAGACAGACAUAAACUUGCCCUAUCUCACCAUGGACUCUGCAGGACCAAAGCACAUGAAUCUUAAGAUGACGCGUUCCAAGCUGGAGUCUCUAGUGGGCGACUUGAUCAAACGUACAGUUGGUCCCUGCCAGCGAGCCUUGCAAGAUGCUGAGGUUUCACGUACCGACAUUGGGGAAGUUCUACUCGUCGGUGGCAUGACCAGGAUGCCCAAGGUGCAACAAACAGUCCAAGACAUCUUCGGCCGCGCACCGUCGCGCUCCGUCAACCCAGACGAGGCAGUCGCUGUGGGAGCCGCCGUCCAGGGUGGAGUCCUCGCCGGUGACGUCACAGACAUCCUCCUCCUUGAUGUCACCCCCCUCUCCCUGGGUAUCGAGACCCUCGGGGGCGUGUUCACAAAGCUCAUCACCAGAAACACCACAAUACCUACAAAGAAGAGUCAAGUGUUCUCUACAGCUGCGGACGGUCAAACUCAAGUGGAGAUCAAGGUCCACCAGGGUGAGCGAGAGAUGGCAACGGACAACAAACUCCUCGGACAGUUCUCCCUCAUCGGAAUCCCACCGGCGCCCAGGGGAGUGCCUCAGAUCGAAGUCACCUUCGAUAUUGAUGCCAACGGCAUUGUCCACGUGUCUGCCAGAGACAAGGGCACCGGAAAAGAGCAACAGAUCGUGAUCCAAUCAUCGGGCGGCCUCUCCAAGGACGAGAUCGAGAACAUGGUGAAGGCGGCGGAACAAUUCGCAGCGGCCGACAAGGGCCGCCGAGAGCGAGUGGAGGCUGCCAACCAGGCGGAGGGCGUUCUCCACGACACUGAGACGAAGAUGGACGAGUACAAGGCGCAAUUACCACAAGACGAGUGUGACAAACUCCGCGGUGAGAUGGUCAAGCUCCGUGAACUCCUGGCCCAGAAGGACACUGCUGACCCCGAAGCCAUCCGCACAGCUACCGGUCAACUCCAGCAGGCGAGCUUGAAACUCUUCGAGCAGGCGUACAAGAAGAUGGCGGCUGAACGUGAAGGCCAAAAUCAGACUCAAUCUGAAUCGCAGACGCAGGGCGAAUCCGAGGAAAAGAAAGAAGAGAAGAAGAACUAAACCCGUACCCCUCUAGCUAUCCCCAAGAUGGGGGCCAACUGUACAUAAUAUAACUUAGACCAAAUAAUACAAAAACACCGGCUACAAAGGAUUUGAGUUUAAACAUCUGUAUUAAGUUUUCUCCAUAAGUUGUUUUGUAUUUAAGAUUACUCUUGGAAUUAUAUAUAAAUUAUACUCUAUAGC